UGUCUAUAAAAAUAUAUUGACAUUCAAUCAGUUUAUACCAAUAAAACCAACAAAUGAUAAUAAAGAUGACACUAAAAGACAUUUAUUUAAAUUAUUAAUGUCUUCUCCUGAGAGACCCAUUACUACACCUAAAGAAUUGACAGAAAUAGAGUGUAAACGACUGUCGGAUAUAUCGGUCUUUACAAAUAUAUUUCGUUAUCCAAAGACCCGAAACUUUCUUAAAAUUGGAGACAUUCGGGAGUUUUACCGAUUAUGGGGUCAAUGGCUAGAGUUUAACACUCAGGAUAUCGUCAAAUAUACAAAAGAUAUGACACAAUAUUCAAACCUUCAUUUGGACGAUGAAAUAGCUUUAGUUAAAUAUGGAUGUAUGGAACUUAUCGUACUUUUUGCUAACUUUUAUUAUGAUCGUCAAAAUGAUACCUUUACUGCAUAUAUGGAUAACAACUAUUCGUUUAUAUUUCCGAUGAGUUUAUUAAAGUCGGAAAAGCGUAACUUAUAUUUGUAUUACAAGAAUUAUUUUGAUAAACUGAUUCCUGAAUGUAAUAGAGAUAAUAUCAUAAUGAACCUGAUGACAGCUAUUGUAUUAUUUAAUCCAAAUCGUCCGCAUCUUAUCAAUAAAAAUAAAGUCGGAAAUGAACAACAAUUUUACAUUUAUUUAUUGCAACGAUAUUUGCUAUAUAAGUGUCGAUCRCAAUCACAUGAAAAGCUAUCAAAACUAAUGAAUUCAUUAAUAGAUUUGCAUAUAAUAAGUGAAAUCGAGAAGACAAACGGUGCCGAAAAUUAUCUCCAAUAUUUUGGACCAAUUCUUAAGGAAAUUUAUUAUUAA